AUGAACAUCACAAAUGAUCUGCGUGCACUAAUAACACAUGUCGACAGUGAGGUUUUACCUAGGUAUUUGAACGUAGCACAAAUUGCGUUAGAGGUGCAAACUCUUGUACGAGAGCUGUUUGAUGACAGCACAAAUGAUGCCGAAGGUUCAGGUCGCCCAAAAGAGAUCAUCACGCCAGAAAUCGUCGAUAAAAUCCAUGGAAUGAUAUUGGACGAUAGGAGAGUGAAAGUGCGAGUGUUUGACAAUGUUCAACUGCAAUCCGAACGAGUUUUUGUGCCAUUUCGUAACCGUGGACGAAACGUGGAUCCAUCACAACACACCAGAGACCAAGGAACAAUCAAAACAGUGGUUUCUUCGGGUGAACCUGAAUCAAAGAAGGUGGGUCUGUCGGCCAACAAGGUCAUGGCCGCCGUUUUUUGGGACGCACGCGGUAUCAUUCACAUCGAUUACCUUCAGAAGGGUGAAGCAAUCAAUGAUCAAUAUAAUUCAGAGCUUUUGGACAGAUUCGAUACUGAUUUGAAGAAAAAACGACCGCAUUUGUCGAAGAAAAAAGUGCUGUUCCAUCAGGACAAUGCACGGUUGCACACGCGUGUAGUCGCGAUGGCAAAGAUCCAUAAAUUGGGCUACGAACUGCUACCUCAUCUAGCAUAUUCUCCAGAUUUAGCCCCCUGCGACUAUUUCCUGUUUCCAAACCAGAAGAAAUGA